AUGGUCAACUCCUGUUGUGGCUCCGUCUGCUCUGACCAGGGCUGUGGCGAGGAGUCCUGCUGCCGCCCCAGCUGCUGCCAGACCACCUGCUGCAGGACCACCUGCUGCCGCCCCAGCUGCUGUGUGUCCAGCUGCUGCCAGCCCUCCUGCUGUGGCUCCAGCUGCUGCAGGCCCAGCUGCUGCACCUCUAGCUGCUGCCGCCCCACCUGCUGCCAGACCACCUGCUGCAGGACCACCUGCUGCCGCCCCAGCUGCUGUGUGUCCAGCUGCUGCCGCCCCUCCUGCUGUGGCUCCAGCUGCUGUGGCUCCAGCUGCUGCAGGCCCAGCUGCUGCAUCUCUAGCUGCUGCCGCCCCUCCUGCUGUGGCUCCAGCUGCUGUGGCUCCAGCUGCUGCAGGCCCAGCUGCUGCACCUCUAGCUGCUGCCGCCCCACCUGCUGCCAGACCACCUGCUGCAGGACCACCUGCUGCCGCCCCAGCUGCUGUGUGUCCAGCUGCUGCCGCCCCUCCUGCUGUGGCUCCAGCUGCUGUGGCUCCAGCUGCUGCAGGCCCAGCUGCUGCAUCUCUAGCUGCUGCCGCCCCUCCUGCUGUGGCUCCAGCUGCUGUGGCUCCAGCUGCUGCAGGCCCAGCUGCUGCACCUCUAGCUGCUGCCGCCCCACCUGCUGCCAGACCACCUGCUGCAGGACCACCUGCUGCCGCCCCAGCUGCUGUGUGUCCAGCUGCUGCCGCCCCUCCUGCUGCGAUUCCAGCUGCUGCAGGCCCAGCUGCUGUGGCUCCAGCUGCUGCCGCCCCACCUGCUGCCAGACCACCUGCUGCAGGACCACCUGCUGCCGCCCCAGCUGCUGUGUGUCCAGCUGCUGCCGCCCCAGCUGCUGUGUGUCCAGCUGCUGCCGCCCCAGCUGUUGCUAG